AUGGCAGCGGCUAAAAGAAGCGGAGCAAGUGGAAUAGUUCAUGAAGCAGUGACGAAAGAGAAUUACGACAAUUGGAGUACACUUGUGCGAAAUUAUCUACAGGGAGCAGGUUUGUGGAGCGUUGUGGACCCAAAUCAUGAAAAUGGUGAGAAAAUAAAAACUUCUGCUGCGAUUUGGAAGAGGAAAGAUGCAAUGGCUCUGCAUAUCAUUCAACUAGCAUGCGGAUCAGAGGUUCUUUCUAACAUUAGAGAUGCUGGUUCGGCCAGAGACGCUUGGAAUAAAUUGAGCUCAUUAUACAACUCCAAAUAUAAGGUUGACGAUGAUGAUAUUGAGAAAGGUGAGGGUAAGGGUGGUGGUGUCGUUCACAUGUAUGUGGAGAACAAUAUGUGGAACGAAGCAAAAUCACUCCUGAAUAAUAGUAAGGACAGAAUGUUAAUAUUUUCCACCACAGCUUUAGAGAGGACCGCUCUGCACGUUGCGGUGAUUGCAGGGCAUGAACGCAUUGUGAAUAAUUUGGUGAACAGAGGGAAAAAGAAAUUAGCAGAAAUGCGAGACAGGGACGGUUACACGGCUCUUGCUCUCGCUGCAAAAUUAACCGGAAACACAGAGAUAGCAAAGAUAAUGGUAGAAAUGAAGGGUGGAGGAGGAGAGAAGCUACUAACAAUGGAAACCCGUAAAGGUGAAAUCCCUGUUCUUCUUGCUGCUUCCAAAUGCCACGGAGAAAUGACUCACUAUCUUUUCCAAAAAACUCCGCUCGAGGCCUUCCGUGGAGAUAAUUUACCAAGGGCCAGUUUGCUUCUUACACGCUGUAUCACCGCCCAAAUUUUUGACGUGGUUUUGAUGGUGAUGCAUCAAAACCCGCAACUGCCUCUAAACGGCGAUCAAGCGAGGCUACAGGAAGAUAUAGGACCCUUAUAUGCUUUGGCUGGCAUGCCUUCUGCAUUUCCAAGUGGCUGCGAGUAUGGACUUCUAAAAAGACUCGUUUACAAAGUUUUAAUAUUGGAAACAAUAAAAAUAGAAGGGAAAGACUCCAACGGGAAAGCAAUUGAGAUUGAGGUAAAGGGUGCUCAAGAGAAAUGGCGAUAUGAGACUUCCUUCUUAGCACUGAGUCCCUCCAAUUUUCCCAGCAAUUAG